AUGUCUUUCGACCAAUAUACAAUAGAUUCCGACAGCCAAGCAGAAGCCCCGGCUGAUAGCUACAUAGACCAUGCCGCCUCCAUCAAAUACUGGAACGGGGUGCCCGCGACAUCAGGCGGCAUGCUCGGCAUGCUAGGCGACUACCCGUGGUACUCGCGCAUCGACCUACGGGGGUCUCGGACGUUUCUCGCCAAGGCUCAUCGGCUCGUGCCGUCCUGUAAGAAGGAGGGCAAGCUUCACCGGGGCGUCGAUUGCGGGGCGGGCGUCGGGCGAAUCACCGAGGGGUUCCUCGGCCAGGUCUGCGAGGUAAUGGAUGCCGUUGAGCCGGUGGAGAAGUUCGCGUGUGUGCUGAAAGAGCGUGUGCCGAAAAUGGACUGCGCGGUUGAAGACGUCUACAUUGUUGGUCUUGAGGGCUGGGUUCCGGAGAAGAAGUACGACUUGAUCUGGAUCCAGUUCUGCGUGGGGCAUCUGACCGACGGGCAGUUGAGGGAGUGCUUUGUGCGCUGUAAAAAUGCCUUGACGGAGACCGGGAUGCUCGUGAUCAAAGAGAACAACUCGACUGAUGUGGACGGAGAAGACAUCUACGAUGAAUUGGACAGCAGCGUUACCAGGACGGACGCCAAGUUACGGCAGCUGUUCAACGAAGCCGAGCUGAAUUUGAUUACGUCUGAGAUCCAGGCGGGGUUUCCGAAGUCGUUCAAUCUGUUCCCGGUCAAGAUGUAUGCCCUGCGCCCGAAGACUUGA